AUGAGCGCACGUGGGGGCCUCAGCAUGGCAGGCCUGCUCCAGCUCAAGCCGGGGCUGCUGCUGGCCGUGCUGGUGGUGACUGGGACGGCGGCUCAGCCUGCCCUUCUUCUGACCUUGCUGUCCUCAGGCCAGGGAGUUCUGGACCGCGUGGCACUGGGCAGCCUGUUAAAUACACUGGCGGCCCGUGUGCACUGCACCGACGGGCCGUGUGGAAAGUGCCUGUCUGUGGAUGACGCCCUGGCCCUGGGCAGGCCUGAGAAGCCAGGGCCCCAGCAGUCCGUCUUGGAGCCCGGGCACAUCGCCCGCCUCAGUGCUGCCGCUGCCCUCUACCUCAGCGACCCUGAGGGCACAUGUGCAGACAUCCAGGCUGGCCGCUGGGCCUCCCGCGCCGACCACCUCCUGGCCCUGCUUGAGGGCCCUGAGGCCCUGACCCCAGGCCUGAGCAGGCUGCUGCAGAGGAUUCAGAGCCAGGUCGCUGGCCGGUCUACUGCAGAGGAGGCCUGUGUGGACCUGUCUCAGCUGCUGGAGGAGGCAGCAGGGGCAGGGGCUCCUGGCAGCCCAGGCCCAGUGCUAGCUGUCCUGCUGGACUACGUCAGGAGUGGGUCCUGCUUCCGCACCCUGCCAACCCCCCAGUACUUUGUGGACUUCGUGUUCCGGCAGCACAGUGAUGAGGCUCCCAACAUCACACUGACUGAGCUGGCAGCCUUGAUGCAGCGCCUGGGGAUAGGCGAGACCCACGGAGACCACGAUGACCACAGUGACCAUGAUCAUCUGGGAAAAGGGGCCAAGGCCCGGGACUCUGUGCAGCUUGCCACCUCCAACAGCAGCUCCAACACGUGGGACACACUAUGCCUGAGUGCCAGGGAAGUGAUGGCUGUGUAUGGGCUGUCUGAGGAGGCUGGUGUGACCCGGGAGGCCUGGGCCCAGCUGAGCCCUGCCCUGCUCCAGCAGCAACUGAGUGGAGCCUGCAGCCCUCAGCCAGAGUCCUCCACCGAGGAGCAGCUCAGCAAGGCAGAAAAGUACCUGUAUGGCUCACUGGCCACGCUGCUCAUCUGCCUCUGUGCAAUUUUCGGUCUCCUGCUUCUGACCUGCGCCCGCUGCAGCGCUGCCACCCACUACGUCAUCCAGACCUUCCUGAGCCUGGCUGUGGGUGCGCUCACUGGUGAUGCCCUCCUGCACUUGAUGCCCAAGGUGCUGGGACUGCACACCCACGAUGGGGAGGGCCAUGACCAACAGCCCACCUGGCGCCUGGUGGCCAUGCUCGGAGGCCUCUACGCCUUCUUCCUGUUCGAGAACCUCUUCAACCUCUUGCUGCCCCUGGACCCAGAGGACCCAAAGGACGGGCCUUGCAGCCACAGCGGCCACAGCCACGGCGGCCACAGCCACGGCGUGUCCCUGCAGCUGGCGCCGAGUGAGCUCCGGCCACCCAAGCAGCCCCACCAGGGCUCUUGCGCUGACCUGGUGACGGAGGAGAGCCCGGAGCUGCUGAGCCCGGAGCCCCGGAGACUGAGCCCAGGGCUGAGGCUGCUGCCCUACAUGAUCACGCUGGGCGACGCCGUGCACAACUUCGCCGACGGGCUGGCCGUGGGCGCCGCCUUCGCGUCCUCCUGGAAGACCGGGCUCGCCACCUCGCUGGCGGUGUUCUGCCACGAGCUGCCGCACGAGCUGGGGGACUUCGCGGCCCUGCUGCACGCAGGGCUGUCGGUGCGCCGGGCGCUGCUCCUGAACUUGGCCUCGGCGGUCACUGCCUUCGCCGGCCUCUACGUGGCGCUCGCAGUCGGCGUCGACGAGGACAGCGAGGCCUGGAUCCUGGCGGUAGCCACCGGCCUGUUCCUCUACGUGGCGCUCUGCGACAUGCUCCCGGCCAUGCUGAACAUGAGGGACCCGCGGCCCUGGCUCCUCUUCCUGCUGCACAACGUGGGCCUGCUGGGCGGCUGGACCGUCCUGCUGCUGCUGUCGCUGUACGAGGACAACAUCACCCUCUGAUAGCCGCCGCCCCAUCUCUGGCCUUUGACUCCGGCUCCUGACCCUGGAUUAUCUCAGCCCCUUAGACCUGCCAGCCACACCCGAACCUGUAUCCAGCUACCCGGAGAGCCCCAGGCCUUUGAGAACCUCCCUCCUCCAUGCCCCAGCACCCAGCUUCA